AUGUCACUGGCAGCGUACGUUGCGAAACAAAAGCGUUUUGAACUACGUGCUUUUUGGGGUUGGUGUGGUGAGAAGGCACCAAUCGAAGUCUUCUCCUAUUUAUUUCGGCCGUAUCGAGAAGAAGAGUUGUCUCACAUCGAGUCUCGAGGUCUAUUGCUACCAUUCUACAAUGAAAUUUCUGGAUUCCUUGCGAUAUCUCGACAGCCUGUGACUGAUCAGAGUGAAUGUGCCUGUCCAAGAGACAAGAUUACUUCGGAUCUUGAGUUGUACACAUCCCUGAGGGAUCGAUUUCGGGGAAAGCCCGUCGUAGAUGCCUUUGUGCGAGAGAACUUUUCCAAAGCUACUGUUGUUGGGAUCCAUAUCCGAGCGGGAAACGGCGAAGGAGGCGACUUUGACAGAAAGGGUCGCUCGAUAAACAAUCUACAGGUAUGGGUGGGGGACGUUGUAAAGUUAGUUCUCCAAGAAGGCUUCCGUAAAGCAGGAUCCAACGAACUAGUGGUGUACAUUGCAACUGAUACGCCGUCGACGAUUGAUAUGUUUCGGAACCAAUUGUCUCCCCAUCAAAUCAAAGUCUUAGACUUGCCGCAAACGAGGAUGGAAGAGGGGACAGGGGUCAUGUUUGGUGAGGCAGCCAAGGUGCACAAUAUGGGCGACGAGACUGAUGACUACUCGUCUUGUUUGAAAGGUUGGACAGAUACUCUUUCCGACAUGUUCCUUCUCAGUCACGCGGAUGUUGUGAUUGCUGCCACUCCUAGUUCUUUUAGCCAAACUGCUCCAAUGUCACUAGCAUUCGGAAAGGAAUCACAAGGUGUGGAGACUCCUUAUUGCGAGGUCAUUCCAAAGUUUGAGCCCCACAAAAAGAAGGAAACUACUGAAUGGAAAGAAGUCGCUCCAACAAUGCAGUGCUACAAAAGCUAUGUUGACUGGUGCUGCAACUACUCUACAUGGAUAAAGUUCAAGAAGCAAGGUCGUCAGAAUCGAACGAAAAUUGUUUCGAAGGAGUUUCUUCGGUUUCCACUUCCUAGCAACGAAGGCACCGUGAAAGAUUAUCGUGGUUUGCGCAAUCGUACUUUCGAUUGCCGUCGUCCUGGUCGUGGUAGAGCGGCAGGCGGUCUCAAAGACAAAUGCCUGCCGCAUGCAUGGGUGGUGCAAUAG